CUCAACUGAACAAUGCAGUGCCAACCUCCCCUCUCCUCCCACAGAUGUCUCACCCCCAUUCCUAUCCCAGCUUGGGGCAGAUCUCCAAUCCAUAUGAACAGCAGCCUCCUGGCAAGGAACUGAACAAGUAUGCCUCCCUAAAAGCUGUGGCUGACAAGGUCAAUGAUGACUUCUACUCCAAACGACGACACCUGGCUGAGUUGGCAGCCAAGGGAAGCCUACCACUUCAUCCAGUGCGGGUGGAGGAGGAUCCACCAAGGGCUUUUAGUCCUGAGCAUGGCCCUGCCAAGCAGAAUGGACAAAAGUCCCGGGUCAACAAACUCCACACACACCCCUUGGCCUACAAUUCUACCACCAACUUCAAGAGCUGGGACCCCAAUGAACCAUCCCUCCGGCGUCAGGCCUAUGGCAACAAGGGCAAGCAUGGUACAGCAGAACCAACCUCCAGUGAGCCACUGGCAACGAGGAGCCAGCACUUUGUGCCCUCACAGCCAUACUUCAUCACCAACAGCAAAACGGAGGUGACUGUCUGAAAUUUGCAUUGCAGGGAGUGUCCUGGAGAGCACACUCAACUGAGAGAGGCAAAAAAGCAAAAUCUAAAGAACCGCUCCCCUCCCACCUUCCUCCA